GUACAUGUGCAAGUAAUGAAUUAUGAUUAAGCAAGAUGAGAUAUGAAUCAUGUAUAAGGAUACCAAUAAUGAGUGUGGUGGUCUCACGGUCAACUACAUAGUAAUUAGGGCUCCCUAUGCUAUUACUCUAUUAUGAUAUGUAUGAUAGUCACACCUCUCAUUUGGUGGUGACUGAAGAAUUCUUAUAAGAUAUGACCACACCCAGAGCGGUGUCGGGGUAUGACUACACCCAUAGUGGUGUGGGGUAUGUAUGACCACAUCCGACGGGAUGUUGGGGUAUGUAUGACUACAUCCGACGGGAUGUGGGGUAUGUUUCCCGGGAGAGUUAUUAGCAUGGGAGUAGCCUGGCGCCUAUAAGUAAAACAUGAUAAGAUGCAUAUGCAUAAGUCAAGGUGGUUGAGUCUUUUGCCUAUUGGGAUGUCGGAGAGCUGAGAUAUGAUCCCAGUGCUUUGGCUUGUUUGCUAGAUGUAUGGUAGGGGUAUGCUCUGUUAUGAACUCACGAUGCUAUGAUUAUCUCACUCAGCUAUGAGCUGACCCUCUUUUAUCCUUCUUCUCUGCUUAUGCUAUGUGUAAGCAGAUCAUCAGCAGCAGCAGUAGAUAAGUGUUAGGUGGGAGAGGAGCUAGAGUUGAAGCCAGGAUGAGGUAUGGUCUUCAACUAUUCUGUGCUUGGACUACUACUCGGGAUUUUGGCCAGUGAUCCACACCUUUUUGUAAAAAUGUUUUGAGAACGUUUUUCAUGUGCAUACUAGCUUCUGAUGUAGUGUGAGAUAUCCACAGGUGUGGAAAGUUGAUGAUAUGUGUAUAUGUUGUGUAACUGUGUAAGUUGUGACGACUAUGACAUGUAUUAGUAAGGUAUGCAGUUGCGGAGUAUGAAACUGUGACUAUGGCUAUGGAAAGCCAAUGCAUAUGGUUGUGAGUAUAUAUGUUUGUGAUGAAUUAUUUUGCAGGAUAAGUUGCAAGAACUAUUAGCCCAUUACGCGAGUAAUUCAUGUCGAAAUUUUAUUUAGGUAAAUUUUGAUAAUUAAUGUAACACCCGAGGUUAAUUCCGCUGCAAUUGUAUGAACAAUAUGAUUAGGCAAAACGUAUAGGGUAGGGUGUUACAAUUUUCGAAUGGCAUUUUUCAUAAUAUUUUCGGCAAUUUUUUUUGAAAGGUUAUUAUCCUUCGAUUUUGAAGGCUACAGAUCACGGAUUCGGCUUGAGGCUAUUCUUCACCGAUGAUUAAGUCCAUCAAUCACCGAUUUGGGCGAAUUUCUUCCGAACUUAUUUUUGGCAGAUUACAGAGGGUGUCAUCACAGAUUUUUUGUGAUUUUUCGAAAUGCCAUUUUCUUCUGAUUUUGAAGGCUUUCCAUCAUAGAUUUUGGCGUAGUUUUGAAAAUGCUAUUUUUCACCGAUUUUGAAGGUUAUCCAUCAAAGGUUUUGCCCGAUUUUUGGGAAUGCUAUUUUUCACCAAUUUUUAAGACUAUCCAUCACAAAUUUUGGCUAAUUAUUUUGAAUGGUAUUAUUCUUCAUUAUUGAAGUCUAUACAACACAUAUAUUAACCGAUUUUUUUUAAUGUUAUUUUCGAUCAAUUUUGAAAACCAUCCAUCACAUAUUUUGACAUGUUUUUUGAAAGACUAUCCAUAAAGCUAUACAUCCCAUAUUUUAGCCAAUAUUGUGGGGGAUGAAGCUGGCAACGACGAACCAUUUCCACCCGAUGCUGAUGGAGAGCGAUUGUCAACCUCUGAUCAAGAAGCUCGAUCGACCGGAAGCAAUGAGUUUGGGAAUCCAAAGCAUUUGUGAAGAGAUCCGCGACUGGGCGAAGAGAAGCGGAGGAAUUGAUUGGAGAUGUUGGGGAAGAAAUGAGAAAGGGAGAGCUCAUGGGAUGGUAAAGAUGAGAUGUCGAUGGGAGGAGACGAAAGUCUGAUUUUCUCGUCCUCCAAUCUUUUUUGUACCUUGACUUUUACAAGAUGGCUAUGUAAUCCAUAAAGUUUGGUUAAUAAAUAAUAUACAGGGUAGUUAUUGAAGAAAAAAAAACAGUAGCGCCCAAUUGGACAAGCAUCCUAAGACCUAAGUACCACUUAAAAGUUAAACCUUACCAAGGUUUCAAAUCGUACUCUAAAAGAAAGCUAUCAUAGAUUUUUGGCGAUGAUUAAGUCCAUUAAACACAGAUUUGGGCGGACUUAUUCCGGGUCAAUUUUUAGCGGAUUUCAAAGGGGUACCAUCACAUAUUUCUAGCGAUUUUUUCAAAAUACCAUUUUCUUUCGAUUCUGGAGGGUACAGAUCACGGAAUCAGGCCGAGGCUAUGCUCCACCGAUAAUGAAGUCUAUUAAUCUUAUUCUCCACGGAUGAUAAGUCCAUUAAGCACCAAUUUGGGCCAAUUUAUUUUCGGAUGACAUUUUUCGUAUUUUACGGGGCGGCGAAAGGCCAUUUUCUUUGGAUUUUGAAGGCUACAUGUCACGGAAUCGGCCUGAGGCUAUUCUUCAACGAUGAUUAAGUCUGUUAAGCACCGAUUUAGACGGAUUUAUUCCGGAUCAAUUUUUGACAGAUUCCAAAGGUUUAUCAUCACAGAUUUCUGGCGAUUUUUCCGAAAUGUCAUUUUCUUUCGAUUCUGGAGGCUACAGAUCACGAAAUCUGGUCGAGACUAUUCUCCACCGAUAAUCAAAGUCUAUUGAUCCUAUUCUCCACGGAUGAUAAGUCCAUUAAGCACCUAUUUGGGCCAACGAUGAUAAAGUCCAUUAAGAAAGCUAUGAUGGACUUUAUCAUACUCAAAUUGGACCGAAGUAUACUUAAACCUUACCAAGGUUUCAAACCGUACUUACUAGGAAAGCUAUCAGACUCGAAAUGAACCGAAGUAUCAAAAGAAACUAACCGAAUCAUCUGCUUGAAAGCAACCCAGAAAAAAUAAUCACUAGAGUAAUGCGCGAAACGAAAUCACCAGCAAAAAAAAAGUGAUGAGAGAGGAUCAAAGCAAUUCUCCUUGUGAAAACCCUUUCUGCAGAGGUGCGAACAAAAUGCAGCAAAACUUUGGUUAAUACAGCAUAGCAAAGAUAUUACAUGAGGUGAUAGUAAGUAGUAAACGUAGGCAUAUUACAUGAGGAGAUAAACAAAUUAUGAUGGCAACCCUCUAAACUCAUCGACUGAUUCACUUUUUAGUAUAGCUGUAUAUACGACAAACCUAAAACAACAUUCAAAUCCUGUUUUUCUGGUUCUUUUGCCCUACUUGACUACUCCUUUUCUUUUACGCUCCUUCAGGUCAUUGGGUAUGAUAAAUACAGAAUCUACACAAAGCCCACCUUUGGAAUGUGUGCAAUCGAUCUGUUUCAUAGAGAACCGAACCUCGGACGUGGGGUCUGAGUCGGUCACCACGAACUCGCCCACCUUGUACUCGAUCCAGUAGCCACGCUUGUGAUUGCCAUACUCUUCGUCGAGUUCAUCGGUAUCGUCCAGACAGCAUUCAGACGAUGCCUGCUGGCCGUCGGAUGUGGACAACUCGAACCGGACUGGUUUGAUUUCCCAGCCAUGGGUUUGAUCGAAAUGACAUACACGUCUUCCGAGACGUUUGGCAAAUCUUCCAAGGUGAAGCCUGAAGGUUAGUGUAUAGAUAUCAGGAGGGAAAGGGAACUUUACAACCCCGUCUACUUCGAACCACCAUAUUUGCUGUAGAUAGGCCACAACGUGGAAUCUGAAAAAACAACGAUUAUGUACUGUCAAAAUCAACAAAGAAAUUCUCUACCAAGCUGAUCUGGGAGUCAGUCAGACUUCAAGGGAACAAAGUUGAGUGGUGUGC